UUGCCUGUUUUGCAGAGUUUCAAUGUUCUGACUUGCUCUAAGAUGAAGGUAUGGAAGUUUGCAGCCAUUGCAUCGAUGCUCCUCAGUUCCAUGUUAUCCAUUUUAGUUUGUAGAGACAUGUUCAGCGGAAGCCGGGAAUUCAGCCCCUUGCCUUCCUCGCCGUCUUCCUCACGGGAUUCCUCCUCCUCCUCCUCCUCCUCUUCUUCCUCCUCCUCCUCCUCCUCCUCCUCGCUGCUGGCGGCUCCGCGGAGAUCCCCACGGGCCCUGCAACGCCACGGCUCUCUGCUGGCCCAGUACAGCGCCUUGCUGGAGAGCUACACGGAGGGCGAGAUCCGCCAGCUGAUCUCGGCGCUGGUGGAGCGCUACCGCCAGGCCAUGAACUCGGGCGGGCACGAGCUGCCGCUGUUCCCUCGCGCCGGCAGCCGCAGGAAACGCGCCCGCGCCCGCCACAAACCCUGCGAGCUGCGUGAGCUGGAGGUCAGCGUCAGCGAGCUGGGCCUGGGCUACGAGUCGGACGAGACGGUUCUGUUCCGCUACUGCAGCGGCACCUGCGAGGCCGCCGUGCGCAGCUACGACCUCUCCCUCAAGAGCAUGAGGAGCCGCAGAAAGAUCCGGAAGGAGAAGAUCCGGGCCCGGCCGUGCUGCAGGCCGCUGGCCUACGACGACGACGUGUCCUUCCUGGACGCCUACAACCGCUACUACACCGUCAACGAGCUGUCGGCCAAGGAGUGCGGCUGCGUGUGACACAGGGCACAGGGACCGGGAUGGAGGCUGGAGUGGCCGGAGGAGGAGAGACUGAGCCGCUGGCGUGUCCCUCGGUGUCACCGCCCCGCCGGCCGCGCGGGACUAGAGACGUGGCCACUGCCGCGGCGGAGGCGGUGGCCGGAGCGGUGACGGCUGCUUGAGGCUGUUGUCCCCUCUGCGGGUGGCCCGGCGGUCCCUGCUGAGGUGACAGUGGGUGUGCGACGUGCACAGGGCGUGUGCAGCCCUCGGCGUGCGCAGGCUGCACUACGUCACGCGUGUCACGCGUGUCACAGGCCACGUUACCUGCACAGGGGGUGCUGCAGCGCAGGUGUCUCUGGUAUGGGGGACCCGCACACACCAGGGGUUCUGUGUCGGGGUGUGGCACAGGGGUGUGGCACAGGGGUGUGGCACAGGGGUGUGGCACAGGGGUGUGGCACGUGCAGGGGGUGUUGUGAGCAGUGCCGGUGCUGUGUGGUACUGGGUAGGGUGUGGUGCACUGUUUUGGGGUGUGCUGCACAAUCCAGGUGUGUUUUGGGGUGUGCUGCACACUCCCAGUGUGUUUUGGGGUGUGCUGCACACUCCCGGUGUGUUUUGGGGUAUGCUGCACACUCACGGUGUGUUUUGGGGUGUGCUGCACACUUGGGAUGUGUUUUGGGGUGUGCUGCACACUCGGGAUGUGUUUUGGGGUGUGCUGCACACUCCCGGUGUGUUUUGGGCUGCAUUACAGGUUCAGGGUGUGUCAGGUGCCCUGUGCUGCCCCAGGGUGGGCGUUGAGUCCUUCUCUCUGUGGCUUUGGGGUUUUGUGACCACCCUGAGCUGCUGGGGGAGGUCCAACCACCCCAGAUCCCGGUGUCUGGGGACACAGAAACGCCGACAGUGGUUUGUGUGUGGCUCUGACUCCCUCUGGCUUGUGCCUCUUUUGCCAUCGUCUCAUUCCUGCAGCCCUGGGGCUUUUCUUCUUCAAACUCGGGAUAAUCUGAAGUAACUGGAUUAACCUGCUGUGCCCUUGCCACGGGCAGCUGGGCCGGAGCCCGGCCACCUCCAGGGAGGUGACAGAACCUCCCCAGGGCCACCAGCAGAGCUGCAGCGCUUGGCAGUGUGGGCAGGAGCACCCCUGGUUUGGCGUCUCCCAAAAAUCCCCCCGGCUCUCCUGGGAAUAUCUCCCACCCUCUGCUCAGGGCUGGGAGAGGGGACUCGGUCCUGGGCUUGGCUCCGCUCGCAUUUACAGCAGUGUCACUGCUGUUUACUCUGCGGGGAUAUAAAUGAGCCCGCAGACUUUCACAUUCCCUGGGCUCGAUUUGUUGCCUGGGAUUGAUGGGUUUUCUCCCCUUGGCUCCCUUCCCAGAAAAAGCAAAUCAUAAACAGAAGGAGAAUAUUGGUGUCAUGUCCUGGGCAUUAACCAACGGGAGGGAAAACACUCCGUGUGCCACCCCCCCGGCGUCCUGGCUCCUCUCUCCAGACAAACAGGGGGAAAAAUCCCUGGUGCCUUCAUCCCGAGGAGGAGGAGGAGGAGGAGGGCUGCUGGUGGUGAUCCCAGCUGGUGAUGGUGCUGCAGGAUUUGGGGCAGCAGGCUGGCAUCCCUUGGGAUGGGAUGGGGUGAGGUGGGAUGGGGUGAGGUGGGGGACAGCAUCUCCAGAGUUGGACCAGCCACAUUCCCGACCUCCACACAGGCCCAGGCUGGUGGGGAUUUUUUUUUUUCCCUUCCUUUUUAUCCAAACGCAGCUCUUGGCUGAGCGGAGCCAGGGUGUAGUGGAGGAAUAUAAACACCAUCCUUCAGCAGGGCUGGCGGCCCAGGAAGGCAGCCUGGACUCUGUAACACGGAGUUUUCCCUGGAUUUUGGGAAAGGCAGGAGGCAGCCGCGGGUGUGGGUUGUGUAACCUGCACCUGGGAAAUGGGAAGUGAGAGUGGAUAAACUCCACGCUCCAGGUGCAGCUCCCGAACCAAGGUGUGAGUUUGCAGGCCUGGAAAGGGGAAAAGUGGCCCAAAAUAAUCAGCUGGAGGACGGGAAUGGCAGAUGGGCAGCGGGAGCUGCGCCGGGCUCACAGUGGAUAAGCGGCUCGCUCGAGUUUAAAGAAGAAAAAAGCACCCAAAUCUAAUAAUAAUAAUGAUAAUAAUAAUAAUAAUAACAACAACAAUAACUGUCCUCUCAAGGGCUUGGGUGCUUUCCAGGCCUCGCUGCUGAUAAAACUAAAAUUGGUUUUGUUGCAGUAAAAUCAAAAGGAAUGGAAGCAGAGCAGGGAAGGCAGGGAAGGUGGUGUGGAAGCAGUGCAGGACCUGGUGCUGCAGAGGAGGGUUUGGAGCUGCCUCUGCUCAGUGUUUGCACGCUGGUUUGGGACAGUUUUUUGGCAGAAUCCAGGGAUUUAGGGUGCUUUGAUGGUGGGCACCCAGCCCAAGGGACCCUCCUCUCGCCAGGGUGGUGGUGGGAGCCGCAGGAAGACAAGGGGACAAGGGAGGAGCAGCUCGUGCUGGGACAUCUCCCGGCUGCCAAAAUCCCCCAGUCCCAGUCCAAAUCCAUCUUGGAGCCCCAAAAAUGGGAGGAAAACCUGACUCAAUGCAAUGGUGUGUUAAACCCGGCAGGCAUAGCUCCAAUCCAUCAUUUUUUGUCUUUUUUUUUUUUUUUUUUUAAUUUCCCCCUGCUGGCAGUGGAGCUCUGACCAGUGUGGAGGGGAUGUUCCUCAUCUGCCUGACGCUUCUCCUGCUGGGGAAUUUUGGGAACAGCUGGGAUUUGCAGCCGCAAAACUCCCCGAUGGGGCGAGCUGGGGCAUCGUGGUGUGGCCAAAAGGAUGGAUUCUGCUUCCAUGUCUUUUUCAGGGCUCCUCCUCCUCGUGGAACUCCUCCAGCUGUCCUGGUGCCAUCCCGCUGCCAGCCGGCCCUGGAAAUGUGGUUCCAAUCGAAAGGCUGAGGUUUCCCUAAUGCUUUCCAUUUCUCCAGCCCCCUCUGCUGUAAUAGGAGCUGGAGCUGUCCGGAAGAAUGACUACAAUGCAAAAAAAAAAAAAAAAAAAAAAAAUUGAAAAUUCCCUCCUCAAAGGCACAGCAGAAUCUCAUCUGGCUCCUUCCUCAGCAUCCCAUGUGCUGUGGUUAAUAUUAAUAUUAUUAUUAUUAGUAAUAAUAAUACUAACCAGUGUGGAACAGCUGUUGAGGGGAUUUUGGGGUUGGGUUUUUGUUUGUCUGGGGCUGCAGCUCCUCCUGAGAGAGGAGGGUUUGGAAGAGCAGGAGGUUUGGAGAUGCGAGGAGAUGUUUAAAAUGGAUUAACGUGGUUGUGACAGUGCAAAACUCCCAGGGCUGUGCUCUGCCAGCCCUGCCACGGUGAGUUCUGGGAUUUCCAGAGGGUUUUCCAUCAGGACACGCUGUGCUUGGGGAAGGAUCCAGCUCCAGCUCGGGAUCAGAGCCACACAUCCCACAAAUCUCUCGGGAUCCCAUUUGGGUCUCGCUCCCAAUUUGGGAUCCACGGGGGGGAAAUUGGGUCCGACGUCGUCGUUCCCACUCGAUGAAAGCGCUCGCAGAGAGAAUGUUCUGGGUUUAAACAGCUCCAGGAUCCUGCUGGGGAAAAAGGAUUUUCCCAAUUUAUCAAGAGAAAGGAUAUUUUGGUGGGAUUUGGCUUUUUUUGCCCGUUGGAAAUUGGGAAUGGGGCUGCCACGUGUUUUCCUUCUGGGCUGAACAAAGCCUGGCCUCGAAGGGGAGGCCCAAGAGAAAGGGGGAGAAAAGGGGGGAAAAGGAAAUAAAAGGAAAUAAAA